AUGUUUAAUUUUCGAUAUCCUAAUCUCCUUUUCCUGGCUCUUCCGCUUCCUGAGUACUAUCUCAAAGAUUCGUAUGAGACGUUUCGAAAUUUCCUUGGAGACUCCUUUUUAAGCAAAGGCUAUCGUGGGCCUCGAGUUUCCCAUUUGACUAUUGGAAUGAUCCCGGUAAAGUCAGAGGAGGAUGUGCUUCGUUCUAUAGACCACUUAAAGGAUAACGCCCAGAAUAUUCAAAAAGCUUAUGGAAACGAACUGCUAAAGAUCGAUUUACAGGGGACCUCUUAUUUUGGUAAAUCGCCUGAAGAAGCUCGCGUCUUGUAUGCAGUACCUCAAGAGCAGCACGGAAGAGUUUGUGUUCAAAGAUUUUGCGAAUAUCUUCGAGAAUCCUUUGAAGAUGUCGGCAUUUUCAGUAAAGACAAUCGUCCCUUAACAUUACACUGCACAUUGUUAAACUCAAGAUAUAUGAAACGAGGAAAGAAGCGCUUAAAGCACUUUGAUGCAAAUCCACUGUUGGAAAGAUUUGUACACUAUCCUUGGGCACAAAACAUUAGCUUAUCAAGGCUGUGUAUUAUGAAGACUGGUGCCGUUGGUCCACCUGGAGACAUGUAUUAUGAAGAGAUUGAUUCAAUUCCAUUGCAUUGA